UGGUUGGCAAAAGAACAUGACACGAGGAAAAAUAUUUUCACACUGCCAAUGAUUACGAUCUGGAAUGACUGCCUGGAUUACAAUAAAGAGUUAUGUUCAAUUGAAUGCAGAAAGGAAAAGAAUGAAAGAGAAUUCUACUGCAACAGUGAAUUUGCAAUCAGUGGUAUAGUCCACGAUAUAGUGACCCUUGGUAAAGGGCUGCGGCUGGUGACAUUAUUGGUAGACAGCAAUGGAUUCUAUCGCAUGAGUCGAUUAUAUGUCACGCCUGAUGGAUUCUUCUUCAAAGUGCAAAUUCUUGUUGUUGACACUUUCAACUGUAGAAGAUUAUGUCCUGACUUGAAGUUUGGUGGUAAAUACAUCUUGAUGGGCCUGAUUUAUCACAGGAGAUACAUUCUACCCACUUGGGCCCAAGAACGUGUUUCUGGGAGACUAAAGCCAGGAGAUGGACUGGUUAAGAGCAGCAGCUAUGUGAGACGAUAUAACAGAAAGAGGGACCAGAGAGUCCAGUUAGCGCGUGAUGGGAAAUGUGGAGGCACAUUUUUCAGAUCUCAGCAGAAUUGAAAUGGGCCAGUGUGCGCUUUACAUUAUCUGUAACAAUAAGACAAGUAGU